ACUUGAUCUGCUUUUGUGUAUCUGCAAAACAGAACCUGGAAAGUUACACGUGCUCUAUUUCGAAUUUACAACUGUGAUACGACUACGGGCGAGUUCUAGCAUUCGCCAGACUGACUUCAUUCAACCUUGAAUGUAUGUAGGCGCAACGCAUCGGGUCGGGGCUUGGCAGUUCGCUCUAAUAAGGCUCCUCUGAAGCCAUAUGCUAUUUGUCCAAGAUGCAUGGUGCUGGCGACCUGACAGUAUCGAAACUUAAGCUGUAUUAGCCGGAGAACACUUCAGCUGUCAAAAUGAGUCGUCCGACAUCAUUAACGUCUGAAGCCUUGCAGGCACUUUACAAGGGAGGCCUUAUAGAACAGCCGUCGCUCCACGCGCCCCAAGCCCAGUCAGACAAGGCCGACGACAACACCGAUCAACCCACCCAGCUUGACCUUGACCGGAGCCCACAACACGCAGGUCUGAGUGGCACAGACGUAUCAGGUCAAUCAUCCUUCGCACAGACACAGUUCUCACCUUAUCAAGAUGGUGACCACCCACAGCCUAUUUCUCGAUCAUCACGAGCAUCACCGCCGCCAAGUUACCUUGUUGAUCCACGCAUCCUUGCUGAUGAUGCCUAUCAUGGAAGAGCAACAGUACCGCGAGAUAGCCUCACUUCAAUCUUGCCAAAACCAACUUCUACCGGCGGAUUGCAGGGCAGCUUCCCAGCCAGAGCCCGGAAUUCUCAACCCGAUAUUUUGCAGAAAAGGUCUCCCGAAGAUGAUCUGAUUGACCCCAGACUAUCCAAAGCGCCAAAACAUGGAUAUAAUAGCUUCCCUAGCGUAGAGGUGCCCGCAGAACAACAGCGCCAACCUGUGCCCAAUGUAACAUCAGGUGACCCAACGUAUAUAUAUCCAGCUCCUUCCAACUCAACGUUGGUGCAAGAUUACAACGUCACAUCACACAUAGACGUCGAUCACAGCCUGAUAGACUCCGCCACUGAUGCACUUCUAGAGCGGCAAAUGGACCUGAGGGAUGGCUCGGAAGAAGAGAGCGAAUCAGACUAUAGACGGAGAACACAACGCGGCCGCCGCGGCCGUAGAGGUGGUCGGGGCGGCCGCACCCGUGGCGCCAAAAGGGGCCCCAGAAAAGCUGCCGAGCCCACUGGUGAUGUGAAGUAUCGCAUCAAUAAGGCGUCGGAGGCGUACGUUAGUGGCCAGCUUGACGAGGCCAUUAAGUUCGUGGAAGAAGCUAUACGUAUCAAUGCUGAGACCUAUCGAGCAUGGACGCUCCUAGCCACAUGCCUUGAGGAGAAAGGCGACCCAAAGGGCAGUUUUACGGCCAGGGUCUUUUCUUGUCACCUUCAGCCUAAAAAUGUAGAAGGCUGGCUUCACUGUGCCGAUCUUGGUAUUGCGCUUCGGGAUGAGCUUCCGGAUGAUGCAGCUCAUUUUCUCGAACAGGCAUCAAUUUGCUACUCAGCUGCGCUGAGAGCGGAUAUCAGCAAUCAACGAGCCCGACAUAGCAGGGCUGCUAUUUCUUUUGAGAGAGGUCAGAUUCGUACCGCAGCCAAAGAUUAUCUAUACCUUCUUGAGCAUGGUGGCGAGUAUGAUGUGCAUGCUCUCCGGUCAUAUGCUGAGAUGACUAUCAUCCUAGCAAGCACGAGGAAGCGCAGUUUCUAUAAGCCAGAGAGUGCUAUAAACUGGUACCGUCGCGCUUUUGACCAUUUCCAGGCCAAUGUCAUCGAUGAACAGCUUCAGCCCCUUGAAUGGCAGGACAUCAACAUCUUCGUUGGAUUGCUCGCCUACAUUGAGCAUACCAAAGAAGCCUUAUUUCAACUUAAAUCGCUAGCGAGAUGGCUGCUAGGCCGCUCCAACGAAAACUUUUGGGAUGACUGGCAGGACGAUGAUCGAGAGUGGGACGUUGAUAAUGUGCGUCGAACAGAGUUCCAAAAUUUUGAGCCUAGAAAAUACCCAGAAUCCUCAUACGGUAGCGGUCUUCCAUUGGACUUACGAACAAAAUUAGGGGUCUAUCGUCUGAAGCUGGGGGAUCUAGACGAAGCUCAACGUCACAUCGAUCAUGUUGACCCCGAAGGCACUCAUGGGCGUCACGUACUAUCAAAUGAGCCACAUCUGCUUGCAGAAAUCGGCACCGCUCUAUAUGAUUCGGACCUCCGGGCCAUGACACUCCGCUUCUUUGAGCCGCUCUUGAGUAUCCCUGAUGUCCUAGAUUCCGCUGCUCUUCUUGCUGCAGGACGCUGUUACCUCGACGCUGGUGACAAGCGACAGGCAGAAGAGUGCUUUGGUGCAGCUAUUGACGUAGACGAAUCGAAUGACGAAGCCGCAAUCGAUGCACGUUAUGAACUGGCAAAGAUGUAUGAGGCUGCAAGAGAGGAGCAAGAAGCUUAUAUCCUUGUAAACGAAGCCAUUCGAUUGCAACAAGCACAUGACGAGGCUGAGGUCGAGGACGACGAAGAAGACAUGGAUGAGUACCAAGGCAGUGAUGACGAUGCUCGAAACAGGUCUGGUGCGGCUAGAAAAGUGCGACCGAGAAAUAAAAAUGCUUCCCGUCGGGUGAAGCCAAGAGCACCUAAAUCAGUGACCUUUGAUAAGGAUGGAAACGAGAUUCGCCGGCCACGCCCACGACGUAAGCUUUUUGGACGAAGUGAAGAAGUCAGCCUAGAAGAAAAACGUAGGGCCGAGGAAUUAGCCACUGCAUGGAGAACUGUUCAUGGUGUCCGGGAAACCACUGACAACGAUAAGAGGAUUGGUCCUCCAGAUGCUUUCAUGCGAGCAGCUAAAGAACUUGUUGACGACUUCAGGUCAUGUAAGGGGUUCUACUCGUGGGAGAAAUAUCUUGUCCACCUUGGAAUCAAUGAGGACAAGCAAGUAUACGUCUCUCGUAAUCGUAAUCUUAUUGAGAUGAAGGAGAGAUUAUCACACAAUUUGAACCCGUUUGAGCCACAUACUGAGCGUCAGCUUGGAGAGCGGACUGCUGUCAGUUAUAGAGGUGUAUCUUUCAGCGACUGGCUGGAACUGUUCCUGGAAUACGCCGUUGGCCUCGCUCACAAUGAGAAAUUCCAAGAGUCUUAUCAGGUGUGCGAAUCUGCUCGCGAUGCUGAAGUUUUCGCCAAAAAUAGAGAUGAUAUGUUUCUUAUCCAUGUUACUUGGGCUGCUUGCGCAUUACGUGCGCGAGACGAGGAGACGUGCGUGGCCGCUGCUCGGUUUCUCAUGAGAGACAGACAGUUCGACUCGGAUCCUUUUCGUAUGUUCGCUGCGUUGUGUAGACUCUGCCCAUCCCCAGCUUCGUGGUAUGCCUCUGGUCCAGUGCAGAAAUAUAUGCUCCGACAAAUCAAGCUCAUGGACCGAGCACUUGUAUCUGGAGGAGGUGAGGAUAGCGACGAAGAAGAUACCAAAGCCAAUGGCGGCAGAGUCUAUCCUUCUAAAGAAUUAGAUAUUACUCUGCUCGUGCUUUACGGGCAUAUCUUGUUUGUAUCGAAUAGCUUUACAUACGCUUUGAAUUACUUCCUUCGGGCGUAUAGCAUAGAUCCCACGAACCAGAUGGUCCUUCUCAGUGUCGGCCAGUGCUACAUCCACUAUGCACUCAAGCGGCAGUCCGAGAACCGCCAAUACCUUCUGGUCCAGGGAUUCGUGUUCCUCCACCGCUACUACGACCUCAAGGUCUCCUCCGCCGACGCUGCCCAGCGCCAGGAGGCGCACUACAACAUGGCCCGUAGCUACCAUGCCAUCGGCAUCCCUCACCUGGCCGCCCAGUUCUACCAGCGCGUGCUGCGCGACAUACCGGACGACUCGGAGCCUAGUGUGCUCGGAAUCAGCGACCUCUCGAAGGAAGCCGCGUAUAAUCUACAGCAGAUAUGCUGGGCAGGAGGCGAUCUGCAUGCCGUCAAGUGUUUGGGUGAGCGAUACUUGACUUUAUGAGAUUAUUCAUGCAUCCGCCCAUGUGAUCUGCGCGUCGAUGAACAGAAACAGAUGUGGAGGGGUGACUCAUACUCAUUGAUCAGAUGGUGGUAGGCUUCAAUGUACCCAUUCCACGCAUCAAUUACUGCAUCCUAAGGUUCGUAGAUUUGGAUUCCUCAAGGAAACUUUAGCGAUCAGCCCCUCAGACUCAUGUCCGCGCCUUUGUACAUUGUUUUCAUGAAUGGAGUGAACUGCAUCAGAUCAUCAAUCCAAUUUAUAUAUUUUCACCUCAUCGUUUUGAACUCAGUCCAGUCAGUUAGAAUACUCGACUUCGCGACCAAGAGUUCAUAGGCGGCCUCAUGGCCGAGAUAUAGCGUUCCUCUAUCGAGCACUUUUCAAACCUUUUCAGGCUUAUUCCGCACCCCCGUCAGCCUUGGUUCGAUGAUACCUGGAGAACUCGCUUGCUAUUUCGGGAAAAGGUAUGUUUUACUACUCGCAUCAUGGCAUGGAGCAAAUUUAUAGCUCAUAUUGUGUAAUGACGGAAUUCUCGAUAUUUGUCGAGC